UGUUUUAACACAAUUCAACAGGAGUCUUAACACUACUUAGCGAUAUUUAGAGUACAGUCAUGUGGCCUUCUUGGGAGUAUUUAAAAGUGAGGAAUGCUGUUUAGAGAAAAUACCACAGCAGGAACCUUUUCACAGUAGUGUGGGGAGCUGGGUACGUACAGUAGAAUGGGUACUACGAGGCUUUAGAUUAUUUUACUUGCAGCAAAACAAAUCACUUAGUGAGGGUCUUAGUGGUUCAACUAGCCUUUAAGAGGUUUUCAAUUUGGGAUGGAAACUUGAUCUCUGCACAACUGGUUUAAUACUCUCACAGGACUUGGAAAUGGAAAUUUUUCAAUUCUGACUCCAGCCCACCAAAGGGACCAGUCCAUUCUACCCCACAGAGAGCUCACCCCUAUAACUCCUGCAUUAAGCUGAAGACUUGAAGAGGGACACCACAUUUCACUCUCUAAAAGAAGAAGAGAGGUUGUUUUAUUCAAAGGGGGGGAAAUGGGAGACUAUGAUGAAGAGACUGCGUUUCUUGGACAAAUGGGUCCUUACUUCUGGGUCACAUUCUUCCUCUUGAACACAGUUUUUGUGUCAACUGGAUUCAAUGGACUUUACAUCAUCUUUGCAGGAGCAGCUCCAAAGCACAGUUGUCUCAUUCCAGAAAUCAACCUGACGGAGGAGUGGAGAAAUGCCAUCAUUCCUUUCACAACGGUGGGUGGAGAAGAAGUUCAGAGCCAGUGCAGCAGAUAUACUCUGGCUGUGGUUAAAAAUCUUUCUGACGAGGGUUAUAUUCCUGAAAGGGAUGUUAAUCUCACAAAUCUGUCACAAGAAAGAUGUUUAGAUGGAUGGAACUACAGCAAAGACAUCUACCAGUCCACAAUAGUCACUGAGUGGAACCUUGUCUGUGACAACCAAUGGAAAGUUCCAUUUGCAUCCUCAACCCUCUUUGUGGGAUACCUUUUUGGGUCCCUGAUCUCAGGACAGCUUUCUGACAGGUUUGGGAGAAAAAAAGUUGUUUUCAUGUCUCUUGGGGCUCAGUCUCUCUCUGUUCUGCUUCAAUCAUUCUCUCAGUCUUGGAAAAUUUUCUGUGUCAUGUUCCUCUUUGUUGGAGCUUCUCAGAUAUCCAUCUACAUUUCUGCAUUUGUACUGGGUACAGAGUUGUUGAGUAAAACCAUGCGAGUUCUCUUUACAACUCUCGGGGCCUUCCUUUUUUACUGCAUCGGUUACAUGACACUUCCUUGGAUUGCAUAUGGCAUCAGAGACUGGAGAACUCUGUUAGCAGUUCUGUCAGCAACCUCUGUGGUUUACAUCCCUUUGUGGUGGUUCAUCCCAGAGUCGCCUCGGUGGCUGAUCACUCAGGGAAGAGUGACGGAGGCAGAGUUGAUUGUGAGAGAUGCUGCAAGAAAAAACAAAGUGCAGACACCGUCAGUAAUCUUUAAAGAAUCUGAGGUUGAGGAAAUUCUUCCUGGGAAGAAAUACACCAUGAUCGAUGUCCUGAAGUCCAGUAAACUCAGAUGCAUCACACUGAUGUGUCUCCUUUUGUGGAUGGCAAUAAACAUUGGGUAUUUUGGCUUAUCCCUGAACACAUCUAACCUGAGUGGCAACCCUUUUAUGAAUUGUUUUUUAUCAGCUAUCACUGAAGUACCCGCCUACAUUGUUUCUACUUGUCUGCUGAGGAAAUGUCCACGUAGAGCAAUUCUGUCAACAUUCCUCAUUAUCGGAGGAGGCGUUCUUCUGCUCAUCCAGUUUAUCCCUGACACGCUCCAUUAUCUUGCUCUGGCACUGGAAAUGAUUGGGAAGUUUGGCUUCACCAUGGCCUUCACCAUUGUUUACAUCUAUACUGCUGAGAUCUACCCCACUGUACUUAGGAAUGUUGGGAUGGGAAUGUGCUCCUCAGCUGCCCGAAUCGGCAGUAUCACAGCUCCUUACGUCAUCUACUUAGGUACAUAUAAUAAGGUUCUACCUUACAUUUUAAUGGGAAGUUUCACCAUAGCCUCUUCUGUGGUUAACCUCUUCCUUCCGGAGACCUUCAACAAAGAUCUCCCAGAAACAGUGGAGCAGAUGCAGGAAUGCCAGGGGUUCUGUGGAGGGUCCACAAAGAGGAAAUAUUUUCAAAAUGGAGCAUCACGUAAACGACCAGUUCUGCAAAAAGAAAAAUCUGAAGUGCAAACGCUCAGCCUUUAGAUUUUUAGCAUUGUAACGAAGGAACUUUUUCUUUCCUGAUUUCUCAACAAAAAACAGGUGAAAUGUAUAAAUCAACCCUGCAAAAUGCCCAGUGGGGAUCCAAAAAACCAUAAACAAAACCAAAUAUUGUGUUUUGGUUUUUUUUUGUUUUGGCCUAGUUGAUGUUUAUGAAUUAAAACAUUUUCUAGAAAUGUCACAAAAUAAUAAUUGAAUAAAAUGUUUGUAUCCACUUGCA